AUGGACGAGCAACAGGGAAGACCAAAUGAGGCCAACAGCUCUGGAUCAAACUUUACAAAAAAUGAUGACCUCAGGAUUGUGUUGGUGGGGAAGACUGGAACUGGGAAAAGUAGUUCUGGAAACACCAUCCUGGGUCGAGAGUGCUUUAAGACAGACUGCAGCCCAGAAUCAAGCACUAUCAACUGCUCUGUUUGUGACAGUAAUAUAGAUGGACGAGGGGUUGCUGUCAUUGAUACUCCAGAUCUGUUUGACACCAGGUCUAACAAAGACCAAGAAGCUAAAUUCAUGGGUCAGUGCGUCUCUUUCGCUGCCCCUGGACCACAUAUCUUUCUGGUGGUUGUUAAAUUGGGCAGAUUCACAAAAGAGGAAAAACAAGCGGUGCAAAUGAUCCAAGAAAUCUUUGGAAAGGCUGUAGACAGAUACAGCAUGGUUCUCUUUACCCACGGAGACAAGCUUAAAGGCACCAUUGAGGAUUUUAUCUCUAAAAGUCAAGAAUUACAGGAGCUAGUGUCCAGAUGUAAUGACCAAUAUCAUGUUUUCAACAAUAAGCUAAAAGAUAAUAAAGCUCAGGUCACUGAACUGCUCCAGAAGAUUAUGAAAAUUGUUGAAAGGAAUGGAGGAAGUUACUACACCAAUAAAAUGUUCGAAGAGGCUGAGAAAGCAACUGAAGUGGAGAAAAAAAGUAUCCAGAAGGAAAAAGAAGAGAAAAUACUUAAAGAGACAGAUGAAUUGGAGAGAAAAAUUAAAUCAAUUAUUGAAAAAGGGAUGCAGGCGAUGUCUGAGCAACUCUCGAAAGAGAUCAGUGGGCUGAUAAAGGAUAAAAUGGAAAAGGGAGAGGCAGAGAGAACGGAAAGAAACAGACUGAGGGCCAAUCCCUCUAGUGAGCAGACCCAGGACAUCCCCAAACCCCCGGGAUCCGGGACCCCAGGUUCGCCCGACCCCCAGACAGGAUCCCCAGCAAGGCCCCAAAACUACUUUGACACGCCCCUCAUUCUAACCUUCUUUGGGGAGAGCGGAAGUGACAGCCCCACAGCCAGCCCCAGCCAAAACCACGGACCACAUGGCUCACUCUUCCUCCAGGCCCCAGACUCCGGGUGGCAGCCGGGGAACAGGGGUCCCAACAGGCCCCGAGGCACCCCAGCACACCAGAGGCAGGGGCGGACAGCCGGACGCACACCAGCCCAGACCCCAAGCAGUACUCCCCACAGAACCCCAAGCCCCACCGGGGCCCCCGCCCGAGGGCAAUGCGCCCCAGGGAUCCCAGCCCCCGGACCCACCCAGCAGCAGCACCGCUUCCAGGCCAGUAGCCCACGUCCCCCACCACGGAACCCCCCAAGAGCACCGCACGCGGCCACCGUAGGACCCCCCCGAGGCGCCCCAGGCCCCCCAGGACCCAAGAACCCCCGAACCAGCCCCCUGCGCCCCAUAGGACGCGCCCCACAGCCCCCCACUACACUAAGUGAUGGAGCCGAUCAAGGGAGCCAAGAGAGAUUGGUCUGA